AUGUUCCGCCCACUAGAGCAACCUGCAGCGCUGUUAAAUAUUUCAAGAAGGCAGUUCAAACACGAGCCAGAAAGAAUCAGCGGUAGAGAGAAAUUGCGACCACGGUGUGACAAGAUGUUUCCUUCAGUCUGCCUGCUGGCCACUUGGGUUCUUCUUCUUCUUCCACUCCAAGCUUUAGAUCUUCGAGGUGAGGAGGUGAAGUACGUGACCCUCAACGCGACCGUGACCGCGGGGGGCUCGGUCCGCUUGGACUGCGGCACCGACCCGCCCUCUAUCUUCAUCUGGGGCUUCACCAGAGCCGGUUCGGACAGCAACGUGGCUCUGGCCUACGACUACGGUCAUGGUCUCAAGCUGCAGGCUCGGCCGGACGGCGUGGUUGGCGUGCGCGUGCCCGUCAACACCUCCGCCCUGGUUCUGGAGAAAGUCCGGCGGGAGGCGGAGGGGACGUACACCUGCCAGGCUUUGUACCACGCGGCUAGGGUGACCUUCUACUACACCAGGCUGGAUGUGGACGAUGACUAAUGACGCACAAAUAAACUCUGAGAAGUUCCUUGUUGUGUUACUCGCUUUCUAACAAACUCACUCACAGACUCACUCGUGUUUUUUAACCGUGAGGAAGGAAGCUAACAGUGUGCUGACUUACUCUUCCUUAUCGUCUCUUUAUAUUAUUACAAAACUUUACAAGUCGCUAAAUCUCCGUAACACAAAACAGUUCUCAGGCCAAAACCAAACAAAAAAAAGCAUAAAUAAUAUAAAACUGACAACUUUGUUCUUUGACACAGAUACAUUCAUAUGAAUUGAUAGUUUUCUACUAGAAAAAAAUAAAUAAGUCAUCUGAAGGAGUCUUUGGGAGUUCCGCCUCAGUCUGGGAAAGUUUGCCGUCCUUGUCGGACAAAGUACUAGGUCCAUUGACUGUCUUUUCUCAGGUCCUCCGGCUGUCCUCUCU